AUGGACACGCGGCUGGACGCGGCUUCAGAUUACAAUGAAUAUGAACCCUGCGAGGACGAAGCGGCGCUCACAUCCAGCCCGUUCGCCGAUCACAGACCACCUCCACGAGGACUGCCAGAGGUAAAGAGUGUGCGGUUUAGGGUCCAGAUGUGGGAACUGGUGAUACGUGACCUACAACAGUCCGACAGUGGCGUAUACACUUGCCGACUGACGGGCGGAACUCCACAGAGCAUAAAGUACUACCUCUCAGUUAAAUUUCGAAUCGAAGCCCCACGAUUCGCACGAAAAAACAGUGCCGGCAGGUUUGUCUGUGCAAUGGAGACGACGCACAGGAAUUCCUCGCGAGUCCUACUGGAUUGGUUUCGUGCUCGAAAGACAUCCCCAGCUCCACGCGGUCCUCCCUUUCAUUUUCCAGCCUCCCGUUAUAGGCGACAGACGGUGGAACUCAUUGAAAGCCAACCCUGGAAUAAUAUAACAAUCUACAAACAGAUUGUCGGCGAACGCAAUGACAAUCUACUGUUGGAAGCAGUGCUCAUUAUGCACCGAACCAGUUCCCAGCACACCGCAACCUACGAAUGCCAGGCUGGGGAGAUACUCUCAGGAAGGAUAUCUCGCGUUUAUGAUAGUCUUGCCUUCAAUUUUACCGCUCAAAUGGUGAAACUAGGAUAUAUUGAAAUAUCGGCAUCCAAUGUGAUAUAUAAAUAUUGGUAA